UGUGUGGCUGUUCUGGUCACGUCAUAUCCGUCGCUCCUGUUGACACCAGAGCGCUUCCGGCCGAGUAACGCGCCGUCGUGUUUUCUUGAAAUACUAGAUCGUAUCGUGUUUACGUGCUUAUAAGCCGUAUUACUCGAAGCAGCCUUUGAACAAGCUCCGCGUGCAGUGGGCCGCAGAUGAGAUGAUUGGCGCGUGUGAAUCAUAAUCAGAUCAAACAUCGAUGAAGUAUUGAUCAGUGACGAUGAUGAAGAGAGGGACGCGACAUUCGCGGAGAGGAAGAGCGAGCAAACGAGCCAAGAGCGACGAGCACACGGCGGACACGCGUGACGAGCCCGGCCGGAUGAGCACGGGCUUCUGCCGGCUCUGUCACGGGAAGUUCUCCACGCGGCGUCUGCGGCAGGCGUUUGCGCAGCUGCAGGGCGAGUCCUGCGCCGUCUACCCGCUCUUCUGCGCGGACUUCCAGCAGCUGCUCGGGGUGCCCAUGAACAGAGACCCCCGUCUGUCCCAGUUCAUCUGCAACAGCUGCCACGCUCAGUUCUACCGCUGCCACAGCAUCCUGCUGGACUUCAGGAACCGGGUCAACCUGACGCCCGCCGCCAGAGCCCGGAACAGCAGCGAGUGCUCUCCGUCGCAGGAAGACAUCACUCUUUUCCGGUCUCACAUCACCUCAGACAGACGCUGUCUGCUCGGCCUGGUGUCGUGGGCUCACGGUCACGCCGGGGCCUGCCGCUCCUGCCCCGACCUGCGGGAGGUGCUGGAGAGCCGGUGCCGGGGGGCUCUGCAGGUGCUCUGGGGCUGCGAGGACGGUCACACCUACGUGAUGGACACCAGACCCGACGCCGACGAACCCCAGCGUGAAGACGCCGAGAGGUCCGGGGAAGCUCCUGCAGACGACCUGCAGGCCUGUGACGACCCCGCCACUACAGUAGCACCUCUGCUGAUGGAUGCAGAUGAUGCGGACAGUGAUCUCUCAGACAGGAACCUGUUGAGUGAUGAGGAGUGUGAGGACAGGAGGAAGAGUGGCUCAUCUGAGGACAGCUUAGAUCUGAACACUGACAAGCGUUCCUCAAAGAGCAAAGAAGCCAAGACGCUGGUACCCAAAGCCAGAAGGAAACCUGGACCCAAGCCUGGCUGGAAGAACAACAUCAAGGCAGAGCGAGAGGAGCUUCCCACCAUCUACAAGUGUCCUCAUCAGGGCUGUACGGCCGUCUACAGGGGAGCCGACGGCAUGAAGAAACACAUCAAGGAGCAUCACGAGGAGGUGCGGGAGAGGCCCUGUCCUCAUCCAGGCUGCAACAAGGUCUUCAUGAUCGACAGAUACCUGCAGAGACACGUCAAACUCAUCCACACAGAGGUCAGGAACUACAUCUGUGACCAGUGCGGGCAGACGUUCAAGCAGAGGAAGCAUCUGUCGGUGCACCAGAUGCGUCACUCCGGAGCCAAGCCGCUGCAGUGCGAGGUGUGUGGCUUCCAGUGCCGCCAGCGGGCCUCGCUCAAGUACCACAUGACCAAGCACAAGGCCGAGGCGGACCUGGAGUUCGCCUGCGUGAUCUGCAGCAAGCGCUUCGAGAAGGCGCACAACCUGAACGUGCACAUGUCCAUGGUGCACCCGCUCCUGCAGGGCGGCGCCGUUCCAGCCGCCCCCGACCCGUCCGCGGCCCACAUCAGCCGUGCGCUGGACGCCAACCAGGAGCAGCUCUGAACGUCCGACAUGCACUGCCCUUCAAAAGUGUGGGAUUGCGAAGAUUUUUAACGUUUUCUAAAGAGGUUUCUGCUGCUCGUCGAGGCUGUGUCCGUUCGAUCAAAAACACCGAAAAAAAAAAUCCAUUUUCAGUUUUAAUGUGCUGUAAAAUAUUUGAGUUUUCAGCAUCAUUUCUCCAGUCUCAUCUCACGUGAUCCUUCAGAAAUCAUAAAUGGUUAUAUUAUAGAAGAAUCAUGUGACGCUGAAUACUGGAGUAACGAUGCUGAAAAUACAGUUCUGUGAAUUCUAUUUGAAAGUAUGUUAUAAUAUGCCUUUUUUUUUUUUUUAGUGUUUUUGAUCAAGGAUGGCAGUGAAUGUAUAUAUUUAAAAGUUUUAAGAUUAGAAACAUGUUCUCGCGUGAUGCAUUAAGGAUGUAAGAGUAGUGAAAGUGCAGCGAUUGGUCUGUAACGAAGCAGUGGACGGACUCGGGGGGGGUGUUUUCAGGAAAGCAGUCAGGGUUUAUUUCCGAGCUCGGUCCUCCGGACGAACGCUUCUGAUCACGUGACCUCUGACGAUGUCUCACGUGAAGCUGCCGAGUGCUGCACAGAUCUCUGGGUCCAGCUGCUCGUAAUCAAACUGCAGCUGCAGGAGACACACACACACACACACACACACACACACACACUGACUGACCGGCAGCUAAUAACAGCACUGAUCAAUCGCGUAACCCUCAGAGACACAGCAGACGUUUUGAUGCGUCUAUAAUAAACAAGUACAUCUGA